GGCGCAGAGGCAGAGAUGCCUGCCCCCGAGAGGACGCUGCGGGGGCUGGGCUCUCUGAUCCCGCUGCUGGGGCUGCUGGGGCUCGGGGCGGUCGGGUCGGCGCUCGGAGAUGUGCGCCGGUACACCCCGGAUUGGCCGAGUCUGGACUCCCGGCCGCUGCCUGAAUGGUUCGACCAAGCCAAGUUUGGGAUAUUCAUACACUGGGGCGUGUUCUCGGUGCCGGCCUGGGGCAGCGAGUGGUUCUGGUGGAACUGGAAGGGUAUGCUGCAGCCGCAAUACCAAAAAUUCAUGGACGACAACUACCCCCCCAACUUUACCUACGCCGACUUCGGGCCGCAGUUCACGACGCGCUUUUUCGAACCCGAGGCGUGGGCGGACCUCUUCCAGAGAGCCGGGGCCAAGUAUGUAGUCCUGACAGCAAAGCACCAUGAAGGCUUCACAAACUGGCCCAGUCCUGUAUCUUGGAACUGGAACUCUAUGGAUCUGGGGCCCCAUCGUGAUUUGGUUGGCGAGCUGGGAAAAGCUAUCCGGAAGAGGAAUAUGCGCUAUGGACUCUAUCACUCACUGUUAGAAUGGUUCCAUCCACUCUACCUACUUGACAAGAAAAAUGGCUUCAAAACACAGUAUUUUGUCAAUGCAAAAACAAUGCCAGAGCUGUACGACCUUGUUGACAGGUACAGACCUGACUUGAUUUGGUCUGACGGACAGUGGGAAGCUCCUGAGUCUUACUGGAACUCUACAGCCUUUCUUGCUUGGCUCUACAAUGAUAGCCCAGUCAAAAAUGGAGUAGUGGUAAAUGACCGAUGGUGUAAGAGCUGCAUCUGUCGGCAUGGAGGAUACUACAACUGUGAAGAUAAAUUCAAGCCACAGACUUUGCCAAAUCACAAGUGGGAGAUGUGCACCUCGAUAGACAAGCUGUCGUGGGGCUAUCGCCGAAACAUGAAGAUGUCUGGCAUUUCAAGUGAAGCUGAAAUAAUUUCAGAACUGAUAGAGACAGUGAGCUUAGGAGGCAACUAUCUUCUCAACAUUGGACCAACUAAAGACGGACUGAUUGUUCCCAUCUUCCAAGAAAGGCUACUUGCAGUUGGGAAGUGGCUACACAUCAACGGGGAGGCCAUCUAUUCCUCUAAACCAUGGAGGGUGCAAUCUGAAAAGAACAUGACAUCUGUCUGGUAUACCUCAAAAGGAUCAGAUGUUUAUGCCUUUUUCCUGUACUGGCCAGAAAAUGGAAUCUUAAUACUUCAAACCCCUGUAACUACCUCAGCUACCCAGAUAAGGUUGCUGGGAGUCGAAAAAGAUCUGAAGUGGACCAAAGAUCCAAAUGUAGGUUUUCUCAUUUAUCUGCCCCAGUUACCAUUCUCAGUUCUCCCCGUUCAGUUUGGUUGGGCUCUAAAGCUGACAGGAGUUAAGUGAUCACGGGAGUUCAAGAGGAACACUACCUGCUGUCUGCUACUUUGAUUUUCCUCUGGAGUAUCAUCAUUGUAAUAAACUACUCUUCUCUACCCAGAAAUGCCUUUUCCAACACAUUUCAAUCAGUGGAACUGAGUGCAUUACACUGAUGUCUCAAUGGGUCAAGGAUCUGAGAUCCACUGUUAGCAUCUCUGAUCAGCAGAAGGAGGAACUAAACAGUUAAGCUCUGACUUCAUCCAUACCUAACUUUGGAAAUUAGCUACACUGAAAAUUACCCUCCAUUCUCUGUGUUUGAUAACCUCUGUGGUUGAAGUUAUUCAUUGACUUCAGGUGAAGAAUAAGCCAGGUCACCCUUUUGCCCAUGGGAAGGGGCGAAACGGGUUUGGUAAACUUAGCCUCAUGCUAAUUAUUUAGUAUCAGUUGUCAUCAAAAACCCGCUUAUCCUCCGAACCCCCAUCACCCAACAGGAGCAGGAGAGCCUGGAUGGGCAGGAAAAGGCUUGCUAGGCUGCUAUGGUCAGCUUUUCAGAAAUUUCCAAAGCAAACUAAGAGCUCUGAAAAUGAGUCUGUUUAGAGCAAUACUGUAAGAAAAUGAAUGUGAUUCUGCCCUGCUUUUUAAAACAUGAACAAAUAAAUAAAUUUGUAUGUCAGAUUAUUACUACCAAAAA